AUGGGUGGACCUUCGGGAUUUGACGUCUUUCUUCGCCUGUCUAGUAGAAUGUUCAGUCACCAUUCUGAGGAUUUGGUCAUGCAACGCACUGCACUCCUUAUUCUUCUGAUAGUUUUUGUUGUGUGUGUUGCAGGAGGAGAAUUUGGAUGGGGAUUCGUGCGACCUCGCUGGCAUUUCGCGGGAAGACGAAACACUGGAUGGGCUCGCUUGUACAGUGAUGGCGACAGCAGAGGAAAUGCAGAUAUCGAAAGCGAAGGACCAUAA